UUUCUCAUUUUCGCUCAGCAAUUGAAAGCCAUUCACUUGCACUUCCCUUUCAUUGUCAAGCUCUCUGAAACACCAUCAUCACAAAACCAUGACGACGACGUCGUUUCGCACCUCUGGCCUCCCUCUCUCUCCGUCUCUCUGCUCUCCCAAACUGCAUCGUCAUCCAAGAAUUUCAUUUCUCAAAUCAGCGAACUCCCGUCAGGCACGGAGCGUCGUUGUUGUUGAGUCCGGCUUUCCAAACUACUGCACGAAAGCUGCUCUGAACGGGAAUUUGGAGACCGUCGGAGUCCCGACGUCGGUGCCAGUGCGUGUAGCGCACGAGCUUCAUCUUGCUGGACAUCGCUAUUUGGAUGUGAGAACUCCCGAAGAAUUCAACGCAGGACACGUUCCAGGCGCAAUUAAUAUACCUUACAUGUACAGAGUUGGAUCAGGUAUGACAAAGAACGCCAACUUUGUUGCAGAAGUCUCAUCACAUUUUAGGAAAGAUGAUGAGAUUAUUGUUGGUUGUCAACUUGGUAAAAGGUCUACGAUGGCUGCUACUGACUUGUUAGCUGCUGGAUUUUCUGGAAUUACAGACAUAGCUGGUGGAUAUGCUGCUUGGACUCAAAAUGGCCUUCCAACAGAACAGUGAAGUGUCAGGGUGGGACUUACAACUGUGAAUAAUGAGGUUUCCUGUUGGGAGUUCCAUGAAUUCGUGAUUCGAACACUUCCCCGAGGCAGUAACAACUUUGAUUCCAGUGAAAAUUAAAUACUUGAAACGUGACGAAGAAGGAUAAAUCAUGGCCAUGUAUAUGUUUGUCGAUAAUAACGGGUAAAUAUAUAAAUAAAAUACCUCAAUUGUUUUCAGUCCCAAAUAGAAGUGCCUUUGUUGUUUUGAUGA